ACCCUCCUAACUUUUGUCGGCUCAUCUUUCAACUUCCACCGAACUCUCUUCUUCUACUUCUUUAUCUCUCUCGCUCCUCUGCCAUCCAAAGAGAAAGCUUUCGAGAUGGCGACUGGAUUAGAUAUGUCUCUGGACGACGUGAUCGCCAAGAACCGCAAGUCUCGUGGAUCCGGAUCCGGACCGGGUCCAACCCGCCGCAACAACCCUAAUCGGAAAUCCAACCGAUCUGCUCCGUACCAAUCAGCCAAGGCGCCGGAGUCCACCUGGGAACACGAAGCUUUCCCUUCCCGAUCAACCCGUUCUUCCGCCGGAAUCGAAACCGGGACGAAGCUCUACAUCUCCAAUUUGGAUUACGGUGUCAUGAACGAUGACAUCAAGGAACUGUUUUCUGAAGUUGGUGAGCUUAAACGCUACACAGUACACUUCGACAGGAGUGGAAGAUCAAAGGGAACUGCUGAAGUAGUAUACUCUCGGCGCGGUGAUGCAAUAGCAGCUGUGAAGAAGUACAAUGAUGUUCAGCUGGAUGGGAAACCCAUGAAGAUAGAGAUUGUGGGCACUAAUCUUCAGACCCAGUCUGCUAGACCAGGGAAUCCAAACUUUUAUAGUGGUUCAAGGCGCAGAGGAGGACAAGGGAGAGGUGGUCAACAACAACGUGGUGGUAGUGGAGGAGGAGGCCGUGGUAGAGGUGGUGGCAGGCGUCCUGGCAAGGGCCCAGCAGAGAAGGUAUCUGCUGAAGAUCUUGAUGCGGAUCUUGAUAAGUACCACGCAGCAGAUAUGGAGACAAACUGAGGCUGCUCUUCUCAAACCGCGAGUGCGAUGAUUGAGAAAGAGAGGAUAGAAAACUUUUUGCCUGCUAAUUAGCCUCCAUGGCUGUGUGUUGUUGAUUUGUUUUUAUUACAAGUGACCCUUUAGAUUUGCGAAUCUGUGUUUAGACUCUGUUAUUGUUGUCUUAUCUUAAUAGUUAAUACCUCGAGUAAAAAAAGGCAGAGGAAGGGAAAAGAGUUUCAUCAUCA